CGCCGAUUCGCCUAUUUGUCUGCGACCAAAUGGUUUACUCGCAAGUUUAAACAGACGGGAGUUUUCUUCUCACUUCCAGCUUAAUUUCUCCCAUGUAAUGUAAUUUUAAUACUCGCGAGAAAUACAACCAAUCACAAACUCAAACCCUGGUUCGGUAAAUUAAGCCUUCAAAUAAUGCGGAAUGCGGAGAGAGACUCGAGACUAAUGGCUAAACACUUUCCGCCGCUAGAACAGCUCCACUUUAUUACACAUCAAUGCGUUCUAUGUCUAGAUACUGGUCUCCGCCAACUUUAAAAUGUAUUUCACAAAAGCACUGUUGCGAUGCGUAUCACGAACGGGUUUCGAGUCAGUCCGAGUCUGCUGGGCUUAUCGGCGUCUCUCGCACCACACUAGCAUGAGACACGAGUAGAAAACAUUAUUGUACGGCCUACGCAAAUGACUUGACCGUGUUUUGCCUUGGUUGAUUGCGCGAAUGAUUCUUAAACCCGCAACAGCCAUCGCCUAAGUCUGCUGAUGGAUAAACUAUGGAAAUUAGAUAAUUAAACUUGAAAAGUAUAAAAAAAGUUCAACCGAGAGGCAUAAUUUAUGGUGAUUCGUUUCGAGGUGAUGUUGUAUUGUCCCCAGGGUGUAGGCCGUAUGAAUGUGCUGAUUCUAUGUCAUGUAAAACCCUCAUUCAUUCUUAAUUCAUUCACUGUUUAGCAUUGCAUUCUUUAUUAACACCGCUCGCAGAACAGCUCAGUACUUGGCACGAGCGCGGGAAUUGGGCGCAAGUGUCUUUGCGGUCUCACAGUUUUUCUCGCCGAUUAGAGCGAUCGCUAGUACAACCAUGGAUAAACAAUAGCUCGUCUCACGCCACUUGGCGCAUGCGCACUGCACGACACGCCUCUCGAGAGCUCAUUAGCAUGAUGAUAAUUAUUUGCGAGUUUGUCAAUAGCAAGAGCGUGAACGGCUUUGCUAUUCCCCUCGGCCAGUAAGAAUGGCGGCAGCUGCUUAGCCUUUGGAUGCUGAUUUGAAUUUGAAAGCCAUAACGUUGCUUUCUGUGAGUAAACGCACCCGAGGUGAGCGCUAGUAUUUCGCUCCAAUCGCGCUGAAGGUUCGGAAAAGCUGCCAGAGGCUGACAAUCACCUAACAACAACAAAACCACCGGUGGCCGGCCGAGUGGAGCGAACACAACGCUUGAGCGAAUGAAAAUAGUGUGAAGACCAGAUCGACAUGUUAGGAGCGAGUGUACAACAGGCGAGGAUACGCUCGUCAGUGCUGCUACUAGUGUUAAUAUGCUGGCUGAUUGAUCAACCGGUUCUGGCGAGGCAGGACUGCGACUUGAAUACGGAAUGCAAGGAGGGAGUGAUAUUACCGAAAUGGGGUGGCGAUCCGAGCACAGGCGCUCGUAUCGGUCGAGCUUUCGUCUAUCUCUUGUCCCUGCUAUUUUUCUUCCUAGGCGUUUCGAUCAUUUCGGAUCGGUUCAUGUCCUCCAUCGAAAUUAUCACGUCCAAGGAGAAGGAUGUAAAAAUCAAGGACAAGGUUUCUGGCAAGGAACGAGUCUUAACCGUGAAAAUCUGGAAUGAAACCGUUUCGAAUCUAACGCUAAUGGCGCUAGGAUCGUCCGCGCCUGAGAUUCUCUUGUCGGUUAUUGAGAUUAUAGGUAAUAAUUUUAAGGCAGGGGACCUCGGCCCGUCCACCAUCGUAGGAUCUGCCGCGUUCAACCUGUUUGUGAUUAUCGGAGUGUGCGUCUAUGUUAUCCCCGAUGAUGAAGUGCGUAAGAUCAAGCAUCUGCGAGUAUUCAUCAUAACCGCUGCAUGUUCCGUGUUCGCGUACAUCUGGUUGUACAUUAUCAUCGCCGUGAGCAGCAAAGGGGUGAUCGAGAUCUGGGAAGGCAUUCUAACUUUCCUUAUGUUCCCAGCUCUGGUGGGAUGCGCGUAUAUUGCAGACCGAAGACUGCUGUUCUACCGAGCACUACGCGGGAAAAGGCGCAAGCAGAAACGGGGAGGGGUGUCUGUGAUCCAGACCGGGGAUUUUGAUGUGAUCGGGGUAAGGAUCAAGCAGGACGGGUUGACGCCUGAGGAGGGGGCCGAGGAAAACGGCUAUCCACUACAGACGGUAGAAGGAGCCGAGGACCUGGAGGACGAUUAUGCCCUUCAUGACCUGACCGAAGAACGCAAGGACAAGGCCAUUCAAGUGCUUAGGGACAUCAAGGCUAAAUACCCGAAUGCCGACCGUGAGACAGUGGAACGCCUGUUGGAGCAGGAAAACCUGCGCUUGCAGCCCAAGAGCCGCGCGUUCUACCGCAUCGAGGCGACCCGUAAGAUGGUAGGCAGCGGAAAUAUUGUCAAGAUGAAGCAUGACAAAUUGGAAAAAGCGAGCUCAUCCGUGGCAGACGUAAAGCUCGAGCUGAAAGACCUGGAGUAUGAUGACCCCGAGGUUGUCAAGGUCUACUUCUCCCCGGAAGAGUACGAAGUCAAGGAAAACUGCGGAAGCGUGUUUAUGACUAUAACGCGAGCUGGCGGGGACGUCAACAACACCGUAUUCGUGGAUUUCAAGACCGAGGACGGCACCGCCAAAGCCGGCGACGACUAUGACAAAACCGAGGGCACGAUCUGCUUUAGGCCCGGCGAGACCGAGAAAACCAUUUCUGUAGUGAUCAUUGACGAUGAUGUCUUUGAAGAGGAUGAACACUUCACCGUGGCCCUCAGCAACGUUCGCAUCGCUGGACCCGAUGGAGACUUGGUGAGAAACACGUACCGAGGCCCGGCAGGCAAGGUCGCGAAGGGUGGCCGGGCCACGAUUGUGAUCUUGGAUGAUGACUACCCCGGCUUGUUCACCUUCGAGGACGCGUCCAUGGAGGUACCCGAGGCUGACAGAGUCGCACGGGUCAAGGUGACGCGAAACACGGGUGCGCGAGGCACGGUCCGGCUACCGUAUCACACAGUGGAGGGGACUGCGAAAGGAGGAGGUCAGGACUACGAGGAUGCGGUAGGGGAGCUCGAGUUCCUCGACGAUGAAACUCACAAGAUCAUAGACAUUGCCAUAAUUGAUGACGAGGAUUAUGAAAAGAAAGAGACAUUCUCUGUCAUUCUUGGCGAACCUUAUGUUGUAAAGGAGGAUGCUCACUUUCCUACUGAUCAUGAUGAAGAGAUGGAUGAGGAAAAGAAACGCAUAGAGGAGCUGGGAAAGCCCCGACUGGGGGAAUUUCCCAAGAUUGAAGUAAUUAUCAUAGAAAGCAAAGAAUUCCGCAACACAGUUGAUAAGAUGCUUGCCAAAGCCAACCUGGCUCUUGUAGUCGGCACAUCUUCAUGGAGGGAGCAGUUCAAAGAUGCCUUUACUGUUGGUGGCAGUGAUGAUAAUGGUGAUGAUGAAGGCGAACCAGCUCCACCAACCUAUGGGGACUACAUGAUGCACUUCUUGACAGUGUUCUGGAAGAUUCUAUUUGCAUUUGUCCCACCCACUGAUAUCUGGGGCGGAUGGGCAUGUUUUGUUGUGUCAAUUCUCUGGAUUGGUGUUCUGACUGCAGUUAUUGGUGAUCUAGCAUCACACUUUGGUUGCACCAUUUAUCUGGCCGACAGUGUGGUUGCUAUUACAUUUGUUGCCUUGGGAACCAGUCUUCCAGAUACCUUUGCCAGCAAAGUUGCUGCAAUCAAUGACGAAACAGCUGACUCUUCAGUGGGAAACGUCACCGGUAGCAACUCUGUCAACGUUUUCCUUGGUAUUGGCAUUGCCUGGUCUGUAGCUGCCAUCUACCAUGCAGUGAAUGGAAAUGAAUUCAAAGUGGACCCUGGAUCUCUAGGCUUCUCAGUUUGUGUCUUUUGUAUUGGUGCCGCUUUUGCAAUAACUUUAAUGAUGGUUAGGCGAAGCGCCAAGGUUGGAGGAGAGUUAGGAGGGCCACGGCAAAUCAAAAUUAUCACCUCUAUAUUACUGGUGGCUUUGUGGGUUUUAUAUAUCUUGUUAUCGUCUUUGCAAACAUACUGUCACUUUGACCCAGGAUUUUAGGUAUUUUAGAGGCAUUCUAGAUCAAUAAGAUGAAUCCUAGAGCUGCGUCAGGCAACAUGGGCUGCAGUUUCAAGGUCGUGGCCAUCAAUUUUAAAAACAGCUGGGAUGUUGAUGCAUCAGUUCAUCACAUGAACUGAUGGUGAGACCCAUGAAAUAAACUAAAGUAUAACAAACAUUGGGUAGACUUGGUUGGACGCAGUUACAAGAAUGCAAUGAGUUCUAUGAAAAAGUCUAAAAAAUCUAAGAACAAUCUUUAAAAAUUAUCAAAGUUAGCAAUAGUUGUUUAAGGCAAUAGGUUAUGCAGCCAGCUUUGGUAAAUUAUCCCUCCAAGUGAGUUUGACUGGUCUCAUAAAAUAUGAAUCUACUUUAUAGGUAUAGUGGUCCAAAGGCCAUUAGGAAAACCCUUAUCAGGCAAAAAUUUUGACACUCCCAAUUACACAGAGAUGCAGAAAUUUUGAUUCUGUUAAAAAAUUCUCAGAGACGUACCAGCAUUGUUCUGCACAGUAGUUUGUGAAGUAACUAACAAUAACUAUUCUAAUAACUAUGCUAGUUUUAAACUGUAUAUCCUUUCUAACAUCAGAUUUUUAACAUUGCAAUGACCAUUAUUAAUAAAGUCAUUAGUGAAAUAGGUGCUUUCCAUGAGGAAGUUUCAGUAGCCAGAUUAACCAUUAGAUAUAGAAGAAAGUGCCCUACUAGAGAAUUUGUGGUAUUUUGAUAAGCCUCAUAAUGAUUUUGGGGAAGGAGCUCUUUACGAAAGUGAUGUAGGAUGAGUUUUGGUAUUAAGUUAUUUCUGUAUCCAAUUGUCAUCACGAUAAAAAUAUCUCUUACAAGGAGUAAUUUAUUUUCUGUCAAGCUUAGUCUAUCAAAAAUGUAUAAAACUGGCAUGACCUGCAAUAUUUAUAGUCUGUCUGUAUUCAUAGCCUGGGUUCCAAAGUUUGGUUUUGAAUUUCUAUUCUCAAUUAUGGUAAAUAAUUGAAAUAUCACAAAAAUUACCAAGCAAAUAAUAUACGUAACUUUGGGCAAAAUUAUUCUGAGCUUAAAGCUAUAUGGUGUUUCUGUGUUGCUGGAUUCAUGGAAACACCACAUUGCCAUCUUAUUAUGUAUAUAAGAACAUGGGAAAUUCUAACUGUUGCAUUAAAUUGCAUUAAGUUUUGUUUGAAAUGUGAUGUAUUACGAGGAAUCUAAAUACACCGGCCAACUAGUUAAGAACAAAAUCAAUCAAAUAAUGCUGCAGAUAUCAAUAGAUAGACCGUGCGACAAGGAGCAGUAUUCCCAGGAAUCAAAAUAGACAUUUAUUGUGAAAUUUGUACUUCAAUGAUUGAACAUAAAUGAAUCCAAAAUUGAGGACACAGAUUUUAUUUGGGAAAAUAUAUGGAACCUAUGGAAACCCCCCUUAAGAAUGAAGUAGUUGGCAGGUAUAUAAUUAUAAUGUAGCACAUUCACAGCUUAUUUAUUUAAUUUAUACCUUAAGUAUACAGUAAGUCUAGUAGGAUAUUUAGUGCAUUUGACACUUGGUGAGAUGUGCAAGUUAGGAAAAAUAUAAGACAACAAAAUUUCAUGAAAUCAUUUAAUGAUUUCAAGAUAAGAAUGUUGAAAACUAACCAUGGCAGGGUCCAUAUUAAAUUGUUUAGUUUGUAUUUGACUUUAGUACAUUAUAAUACUAUUAUACAAAACAGCUGAGCCAAGCGUAAUAUAUUUUGAAAAGAAAUAAAGGUACACAAUUAGUUUAGGUAUUACAACUUGAUGUACUUUGCAUAUAGCAAUUUACAAUGGUAUUUCUAGAUACAUUUCCUAUGUGCUAUAAUUAGACAGAACUCCCCUAGAUGGCUGUUUAAUAUUGUGAAAUCUUGAGCUCUAGGUUUAAGUGGUAUAUUGUAUUAAAAAGUUUGUAUCCA